AGAUACGGAUAGCGGGAUAUCGAUCAACAUAUCUGAAAACACUGAAGUGUGCAAGAUUUGAAACGAAACUGAUCUGUCGCCGCAAGCAAAAUUUCAGCGUCAGCAAUCAAUGUCCGCAUGUCUCGCAGACUGCUUGGGUCCACCUCAAAUGCCUGUCGUUUAUUCUCCUCGAAGUCAAACGUAGACCACUACGCGGUGCUUGGAGUAAAGCCUUCAGCCUCACUCAAAGAGAUAAAAGCUGCAUUCUACAAAUUAUCAAAAGAAUAUCACCCUGAUCGGAAUCGCGACAAUCAAGAAGAAGCUGCUGCUAAGUUCCAUCAAGUCUCGGAAGCGUACGAAGUCCUUGGGUCCGAUGAGAGGAGAAGAGCCUAUGACUUGACUCGGAUACGAACCGCACCAGAUUUAGGAAGUUUAUAUGCACGAAGGCCAUUCACUCCAGAACCAACUAAACAGUAUGAGGAUAUCGACAUUGACUAUAAAAGCUUCGAACAUUUCCAGCGGAAGACUAGGCAAAGGAAACAAUUCCAUUCUCACUUUGAUAUGCCAGAAGAGUUCUACGCUGAGUUUGGCGCAAACAAACGGGAAUUCAAAAGCGAAUAUGAACCUAAGGGGUCGAUACACCGAGAUAGUAGAACAAUAAGGAGAGAAGAAGAAGAGCGCCUCCGCGAAAUACAAAGAGAACAGGAAAGACUCCAGAAGAAGUAUCCGAUCCCUACAUUUGAAGAGAUGAUGCAGAAGAAAAGGGAGAAGGAACGCUUACAGACGAGGAAACAAAUUGCGGGUCUAGUCAGCUUCGCAACUUUGGCCUCAAUAGCCAUUAUAAUAGCGAAGAAGUUCUUCCAUUAGUUUCUAAUAGCGUCAUGACUGUAGGUCUCAGAUCACGGUCACUAUCAUAGUAGAAGACAUUCUUGCUUUGUAGGUCUCUAGUUCCGCUAGUACAGUGUAUAGGUGCUAUUUGAGAGAAGGUUAGAUUAAUUAGCAUAAGAAAACAUCCAAGAGCCAUAGCAGAGUAAGUUUACAGAUUGGCUCAGAUUGGGCCCUCAAUGUUGUUUUCACUUCCAUGCACAGGCUAUUCAUCGCACGCAGAGACUGGACAUCAUUGCGUCUGAUGAAAUUAGUUUUUCU